GCCCGGCUGCGGCUGCUCUGUCGACCUUGGCUAGACUCGGGCGGCGCGGCGCGCGACCGGCCUCCCGGGGGAUGGGCCACCAGGAGCCCCCGCUGGCCCGAGUGCGGGCGGGAGGUGCGGCUUAUAUAAACAGGUUAUGUAAAGGGCUCAGCUGGCGCGAACACGUGGAGAGCCGCGGGAGUCCGAACACCCGGGUCCCCCCCUCGAGCGCCGCCACCGCCACCCGUGCCGCAGCAAGCUCCAGCGCACACCCGGCCCGAGCCGCCGCCUCUCGCGCCGCUCCGUACCAGAGGCAGCCCUGGCCCGGAGCGGACCAUCCCCAGCCCCGGGCGCCAGGGGGGAAACGGGCCGCCCGGAAGUGGCGGGACGCCAGCCAGGUUACAAUCCAGGGUCCCGCUCCUCCGCGUCCCGGGGCCGGACGGAGGGAUGAGGCAGGGGGGACCCAGGCAGCGCCGUUGCUGCUCCCCCCGCUGCCCGCAGCCAUGGAAACGGGGGAGGAGGACGGCGCCCGCAGAGGUACACAAAGCCCCGAGCGGAAAAGGCGAAGCCCAGUGCCGCGGGCGCCCAGCGCGAAGCUGAGGCCGGCGGCGGCCCAGGCCAUGGAUCCGGUGGCGGCCGAGGCCCCGGGCGAGGCCUACCUUACGCGGCGGCGGCCAGAGGGCGGCGGUGGGUCGGCGCGGCCGCGGUACAGCCUGUUGGCGGAGAUCGGGCGCGGCAGCUACGGCGUGGUUUACGAGGCAGUGGCCGGGCGCAGCGGGGCCCGGGUGGCGGUCAAGAAGAUCCGCUGCGACGCCCCCGAGAACGUGGAGCUGGCGCUGGCCGAAUUCUGGGCCCUGACCAGCCUCAAGCGGCGCCACCAGAACGUCGUGCAGUUUGAGGAGUGCGUCCUGCAGCGUAACGGGCUAGCCCAGCGCAUGAGCCACGGCAACAAGAACUCGCAGCUGUACCUGCGCCUGGUGGAGACCUCGCUCAAAGGAGAAAGGAUCCUGGGUUAUGCUGAGGAGCCCUGCUAUCUCUGGUUUGUCAUGGAGUUCUGUGAAGGUGGAGACCUGAAUCAGUACGUCCUGUCCCGGAGGCCGGACCCAGCCACCAACAAAAGCUUCAUGCUACAGCUCACGAGCGCCAUUGCCUUCCUGCACAAAAACCACAUCGUGCACAGGGACCUAAAGCCAGACAACAUCCUCAUCACCGAGCGGUCUGGCACCCCCAUCCUCAAGGUGGCAGACUUUGGACUAAGCAAGGUCUGUGCGGGGUUAGCCCCCCGAGGAAAAGAGGGCCAUCAAGACAGCAAAAAUGUGAAUGUGAAUAAAUACUGGCUGUCUUCAGCCUGCGGCUCAGACUUCUACAUGGCCCCCGAAGUCUGGGAGGGACACUACACAGCCAAGGCCGACAUCUUUGCUCUGGGCAUUAUCAUCUGGGCAAUGAUAGAAAGAAUCACUUUCAUUGACUCUGAGACCAAGAAGGAGCUCCUGGGGACCUAUAUCAAACAGGGGACUGAAAUCGUCCCUGUUGGUGAGGCGCUGCUAGAAAACCCAAAGAUGGAGUUGCAUAUCCCCCAGAAACGCAGGACUUCCAUGUCUGAGGGGAUCAAGCAGCUCUUGAAAGAUAUGUUAGCUGCUAACCCACAGGACCGGCCUGAUGCCUUUGAACUUGAAACCAGAAUGGACCAGGUCACAUGUGCUGCUUAAAAUUCAGGGCAAAGCAUCUUGAGUGUUGUUAAACUAGGUUGAUCCUCGGGACAGUGUCAUCGUGUCUCCCACAGAGGACGGCCGAGGGUGCAGGUGGUGGCUUGGUCAGUUGGUGAUCUCCCGACAGCUGGAUCUCCGGCAAUGUGAAGCUUUUAUUUGGGUUUUCCCUUCUCCUUUUAGUUCUGCUUAAUUUUUAAAAAUCUUAUUUUUGUCUUUUUUUCCCCCCUUUUUUAAUUUAAACGAUUAAGACUUCAGAAGAGCAGGAAACUAUGCUGUGGAGAAACAACAUGGACAAAAGCAUAUGUAUAAAUGUCAUUUUUAAUUUUUGUAAGGGGUUAGGGAGCUAUUCUGUUCUGUUCCUUUAUUUUCCCCCUGUCGUCAUUGUUUUUACCCAUCCUUUCGUUCUGCUUAGAACACCUCACUUCCCCAGAGAAGGCCUGCCUCUCCGUGGAGAGCCGGGGUGGGUCCCGGCCCCGGGGGGUAGGGACACAAAGACAGAAGGCAGCCUGUGGGCCACCUCCCCCCACCACAGACAUGGGCACUGCCGGACUCUGGUGGGCUGCUCCUGGCCCACCCUCGGGCCUUAGAAAUGGUCAAAGGCGAAGAACCACCUGGAAGAGGAAGACAGGGUUUGGCCAGGAGGACUCAAGAAAGUCUAAACUGCGGGUUUGUUCUCUUUCAGCUGCUGGAAGCCCUGGGCCACUCCAGGACUCCAGUGGUGGGAGUCCAUUCCCUCUUCUGCCCUUUAUAACUGGGAGUGCUGGGGGGGACAAAGGUGACUAUCCCCCCACUUCCCAGCAGCCGAGCGCCAGCCCAGCCCAGCUCUACAAGUCUACCUUUCUGUUAGUGGUUCCCCUCCCAAAGGAAGACCCCCAGGAAAAAAAAAAAAAAAAACUGUUGUGCCAAACCUCUGCCUGGGACACGGCUGGGUCUUCGGAGAGCAUAUGUCACUCCUGUGAGGUCAGUUUCCAUCACCUCCUGCCUCCUGGAUCGUCUCCUUCCCGCGUGUGCCUGCCACACAUCCCGGUUGUCACAGAGACUGCCCAAGUUUCUGAGAGCCGAUUGUGACCUGGCCAUAAGAACAGGGUGUGCUGAACUGGCUGCCACUGUCCUCUCCCUGCAGUGAAGCGUGUGCCCUGUAUGUGGGCCCAUAGUGUCCCAGCCGGCAACAACAUCAAGCGCCACCUCCGUCACCCCCAGGGACUCGCUGUGAGGUGCCCUCCCUCAGUGCACACGUCUGGUGGGACAAGAUUGGACCCACCAAGAGCAGGGAGGGGAGGACGGGGUGGACACCACCACCACUGCUGCCAUCGCCACUCCCCCCACCCCCGCAGCUGUCAGGUGCCCAUGCGUGGCCUGCCACCCUCAAGCUUCCCCAGUAUGACCCUGUUGACUUCAGCACCGAUGUCUGUGCAGUCAUCCCACGCUCUCCAGCAGGCACAUGCCGCUCCCUCGUCUCGGGCUUCUGAACCUGAGGGUUUGCCCCACUCCACCCCACCCCCAACAUCGCAGAGGCAGGUGGCUGGCCCCGUGUUGUCCCUCUCACCCGCAAGCUCCUGGGGCUCCUCCAGAGGCUUUAUUACCCCCAUGAUGACCAACCAGAACAGGGUCUUGGGGAAGGGGAAAGGAAAUUCUUUUAGGUUUGUUUUUCAUUUUCUCUAAACCAGCAUAGGAUCGAUAGGGGAAUUGGUCAGAGGGCAUUCAGGUUAGUGUGUGAUCAAGGGGAGGGCUCCCCCGCCCCCGCCCCGCCCCGAGCAGCAGUCCUUUGGCCCUGGGCAUUUGGGAGAGACCAGUGCGACACCGGCCUAACCUUGCGAACUCACCACAUGUUUGCUCGCAUUCUCUCGCCUCUUCAUAGACCCCUCACAUCCCGAGGCUGCUGCUUCCUCCUGGGCAGACCGUUGGCUGCGGUGAGCAGGGGUGCAGGUGGGAGGCGUGCCCUUCCUUGUGGAAUCCUUCUCGCCUCUCCAUCCCUGUCUCUACAGCUUCUCAGGCCACUAGAGUGCGCCCUGAGCCGCCCCCCUCCCCUUGGGGGCAGCACAUGGGAAAAACAGUCCCCCAGUCCCCUCACCCCCCCCCCCCACCAUGUUCCUAGCUGCAGCCCCUGUCCUCAAGUUACUUGUGAAGGCUCCGGCCUCGCAAGGUCUUCCCUUGGCUUUAACUUUGCCUCUGCCCUCCCUGGGUCUCUAACCUCCAUCUGAUCAGGUUUUGGAGCUUUGGAGCUGCAACCAUCCCCCUUCAUUUUUCUCUUGGCAUCAGUGUAGCCCCCAAGGGUCACAGGAUGUCUCUGCCUUUUGGACAAGGCAGGCAGCCUGGGAAGGCUAGCCCAUAUCGUGCAGGAUCCGGCCGACCCUUGCUUGGUGGCAGGGCCUCCUUCCCUGGCUCACGAUGGCCAGCUCAUUAGCCCCAAGUGCCUGUCUCUCCCUCUGGCCCCCUCCACCCCCCACUUUGUCAACCUCGGGUGCCCAACCAGCCAGGAGGACGUCAGCCCAAGGUGAACGCCUGCUCGGCCCCCAGCCAGUGGACUAGUCUUGGUUGGACCUGGGUAGCUCCCAUGUGCUUCUCAGCCACCUUCCCCCUAUUCCUGCUGUGGGUCAGCCUCCUGCCUCUUCAUCCUCUGCACCCAGGGCCCAGCGGCAGCUCCAUACUGCCUCAUCUUGGUGCCACCACGUUCGUAAGGCCUGUGCAAGUUCUAGGAGUCUCCAAACCUUGAAAUAGCAGUCAUUCUCUUGUCCUUGGAUCUGUGAAACGGUUAGCCCAUAGCGGGGAGGUUCUGGGCCUGAGACUGGUGGGUCUGGAGCUCAGCCUCCCUGCAAGAGGACUCAGCAAGACAGAUCCUAGUGCCUUAUUCCACUGCCCUCCUUUGAGCAGACCUGCUAGCUCAGCUAGAAGUCCAUGGCAUCCUCCUCCCCGUCUAUGUCCGUCUGUCGCCUAACCUCUCACUCCCCCCCACAGAGAGCCUCGAGGGAAGUGUCCCCCCUGCCCCAUCCUUCCCCGAGGGCUGCAGCCAGGCCCAGGGCUCCUGCCACCACCGAGACACUAAGCGCAGCUUUCAGCGGAGGACAGAACAACCACUUUCCACCAGCUUGCCGCUCUCUGCCUCUCACUACCCAGCAGGCCCCCUGCCUCUUACCUCUAUAGCCAGGAGGAUGCCGCCGUCUUUCCAUUCAAGGCUGGCUCCAUCUGACUCCUUUCUGGGCACCAGGGAUGAAGGGCGCAGGCCUUUGCCCCCGAUGGCUGCCUUUCUGAGGGCGUGUAUUUAAUGUUUACUUGAGAAAUACCCUGUUUACAGCUGGAGGAGAAACGUGCCCAACACUGGUGGAGGUCAGGCUCCUGGUGGGGCCUGGCCUCCUCUCUGGCACUGCCAGUGGAGGUCCCAGAGCGAAUGAAGGUAGAGCCUGCAGGGGCACUUGCCCCGCACCCCCUCUGCCCCCUGACCCUGCGGUGCUAAGACCACUCCCCACCACCAUCCUCGCAGCCUUCCGGCCCCUGGACAUUCCCCGCCUCUACCAUUCCCUCCCUCCAAGGUUCUCUGCUCCUUGACAUAUCAGCUGUCUCCUAGAAAACCAGUGUUUGGAGCAAUAAGAUAAUUUUUGCUUGAGUCUUUUUUUCUGAGCAAAGGUAAAGAGCUGGCAUUGUAGGAAUGUUCUUUCUUUGCCUUUGCAGUUUACCUUUUAGAAGACAGAUCUUAGCAGGAUGGAUGUCUGGGUUUCAGCCUCAGAGUAUCUUGGAAACUUGGAACAGAGGAGUUGGGCCUCCAUCCCCUAAGAAGGGCCCCCCCCAACUCUCUGCCCUCCCCUUGCUCCAUGCUGCCUGGGCUCUUGGCCCUGCCCACCAUGGGCACCUGCCACCUCCGAUCCUCCUUGUGCCCCCCCACCCCAUACUCACCCAUUUGGGAGCACCGGUGGCUCGGGGUAUUGCUUCCCCCGACUCCCUUCCUCUCCCUCAGCCCGCAUGGUGGCCCCCAGAUCACAGUGCUCCUGGAGUCACCUGGGAACUGUCAGCCUGAUCUCCUGAGGCUGAGGCCUGGAGAAGGCACCUUGGCUGUCCUCCCACACUGGGCGGAUGUACAGCCUCCUGGACACCAGAUCCGUCUCCGAUCCUGCCUGCCGGGCUUGGAGCACAGGGACUCCCGUCUGGAGAGAUGCCCUCAGAGGGGAAGCGAGGAGGUGGGACAGGACCGUUGGCAAAUAAUGUAAGCUCCCCCAGCCACCAUGGAGAGGAGAAUCCACUCCCGUUGGUUGCCUGGAGGCCCCACAUCUCCCAGGAGGGAGUUUGUCCAGGAACAUUUUGAAGAACUCUUUGCCCCUGAGCGCGUCUUUCAUUAGAGCAGGGGAGUUCGGGGCCCCAACUGAACAGGCAUGGGGGGCCAACUUGGGUUUGAGGGAGGCACAGGGUAACCCAGGCACAAAGUUAGCUUCAAAUACUAGUUAAUAAGUCUAUUUUUCUUUAUUUUCUUUUUUUGCACAGAAGCUGGUAAUCUAGGACCUACGUGUGAACAACUUUAUAUGAAUAUUUUUUGUACUUGGUUUACUUGGGUUGGUAUGAUACAUUAUAUUUAAGUUCCUUGAACACUGUGGAUCCCCCUAAUGUGUAUGAAUGACUGAGGCUUUGUAAAUUAUGGGACGUUUGUGUGAAUAAAGUUAUUUGAUGGGGUCAGAGAAGCCAUACGUGAUUUGAAAA